CUGGCAAAGUUUGACCAACAGAGUCCAACACUAGCAUUCUGCAUUAAACUCUCUGCUGUGUCUCUCUCUCAGCUUUACAGCAUUCCUGUCGUUACCAGCCCACUACAUUCAUGCCAUAUCUUUCCCUCCUCUCUCUCUCCACUCCACUGUUUUACACCACUUUUUGCUUCUCCUCUUCAUCAUGUUCCCUGAAUCUCUGGUUCCCUCCUUGUCUUCUUCAGCGUGCACAUGGAGGAGCAUGGGAUAAAGUAUUACAGGGUUACGGAGUGGAUAAAUCCCUUUGCAGGAAGGUGAUGAGUCAGGUAGAUCUGCAUGUGUGUCUGCAUGUGUACGAGAGGAGGAGAAGGUUUAGCGAACCUCGUACACUCUGCUUCUGAAUCCCUGCAGGAGGAAGGAAUCCACAUCACACCUCUGGAAACUGCUCCUCUCUGCUUUCUUUAGAGGGAAAGUAACACCUUCUCUCUGUAGCUUUUUGCUGCAUCUCACACCUUUCUCCUCCCGUCCUCGUCUCAUCUCCACUGUGUCACCAUGGACAUCGGUGGCCUGACGACAGUGGUGGCCAACUCUGCUUACAUCUCGGCCCGUGGGAGCUUCGACGGCACCGCCAACCCGGCAACCAACCGAGACAAGAAGUACCACGCUCGCUUGAAGCUGCCUCACAUCACAGUGUGUGAAGGUCUGCGGGAGACUUUAGAUCUGGGCUUCCAGACGGUCUGUGUGGAGCAGCCCAUCGGCAAACGUCUUUUCCAGGAGUUCCUGGACUCCUACAAUGAGUAUAAAGGUCCCUGCCGUCUGUGGAAGGAUAUUGAAGAAUACAACAAAGCUGAGGAUGAAGACAGAGUCAAGAAAGCGAGCAAGAUCUUGUCUAGGUACAUGGAGCCUGACGCCAAGUAUUACUGCCCCUUUCUGCCAGAAAAUGGCAUCACAAAUGUCAAAGAGAAACACCAAGAGGCCGGGGACGAUCUGUUCAAUGAGACCAUGGAUAGUGUGAUGGACUUUCUCAAGGAAGUGCCUUACACUUUCUUCCUUGAGAGCAUGUAUCUGAAGAGGUUCCUGCAGUGGAAGUGGCUGGAGAUGCAGCCCAUGGGAGAGGACUGGUUCUUGGAUUUUCGUGUUUUGGGCAAAGGGGGUUUUGGGGAAGUGUCUGCCUGUCAGAUGAAAGCCACGGGGAAACUGUAUGCCUGCAAGAAGCUCAACAAGAAGAGACUGAAGAAGAGGAAAGGUUAUGAGGGGGCGAUAGUGGAGAAAAGGAUCCUGGCUCGAGUUCACAGCAGGUUUAUUGUGUCCUUGGCUUAUGCCUUCCAGUCAAAAACGGAGCUGUGUCUGGUCAUGACCAUCAUGAACGGAGGAGAUCUGAGAUAUCACAUCUAUAAUGUGGAUGAGAACAACCCGGGCUUCGAUGAACCUCGGGCCUGUUACUACGCUGCUCAGAUCAUCCAGGGAAUGGAGCACCUCCACCAGAAGAGGAUCGUCUACAGAGACCUCAAACCAGAGAAUGUGCUGCUGGAUAAUCAAGGUAACGUCCGUAUCUCUGACCUUGGCCUGGCCGUGGAGCUGGCUGACGAUCAGCUCAAAACCAAGGGCUACGCAGGGACUCCAGGUUUCAUGGCUCCCGAGCUGCUGAAAGGAGAAGAGUACGACUACUCUGUGGAUUAUUUCACUCUGGGAGUCACUCUGUAUGAGUUUCUGGCUGCCAAGGGGCCCUUCAGGACCCGAGGAGAGAAGGUGGAGAACAAGGUGGUGAAGAAGCGGAUUUUGAACGAUCCAGUAACUUAUCCAGAGGACUUCAGUGAGAACGCUCGGUCCAUCUGCGAGGGUCUGCUGCACAAAGAGGUCGAUAAGAGGCUCGGCUUCAAGGACGGAUCAUGUGAUGAGCUGAGGGCGCAUCCCUUCUUCAGCGAGAUCAACUGGAGGAAACUGAAUGCAGGGAUCCUUCCACCACCGUUCGUGCCAGACUCUAAGACGGUGUACGCCAAGGACAUCGAUGACGUCGGGGCCUUCUCCACGGUCAAAGGCGUCCAGAUCGAAGACAAGGACAAGGAUUUUUUUGACGAGUUUGCUUCAGGGAACAUCUCCAUCCCGUGGCAGGAGGAGAUGAUUGAGAUGGGGAUCUAUGGAGAGCUCACGGUCUGGGGUCCGGCCGGCACUUUGCCCAACGACCUGCGACGUGAAUCCAUCCUGGAGCGGCCGCCCAAAUCCUCCACCUGCACGCUGUCGUAGGAAGCUGAGCUAACCACAGUGAGACACACCUGCUGCUAAUGCAGGAUUUUGCAUGAACAGUUUUUUCUUGAGUACUUUUCGUACAAGAGUUUCAGCACAGGUUCGUGGUGGAUUUUUUUUUUUUUUUUUUUACCGGCAGUGCAGCUCUAAACAAGAAUGAGUUAUUUAGAGUAUUAUCUGCACUUUGUCCAUUUUUUUAUUUACUGUUGCUGCAAUGCUAGCCAGAGCUUCACAGCUCAGUUAUGUAAAUUUCAAAGUUCAGUUUAUGCUAUUUCUAAUUUAGCACAUACUUUUGUCUUGCACUUGUUUGUUUCUAACAUUGUGACUUUUAUCAGGGUUUUAUAGGAAUGAAUGAGCCAUCUGUGUGUGAGAAUGAACUGCAUUUCCGUCUCCUAACCAUUCAGGUUUUAUCUGCCUGCCGUGUAAGUGCACAGCUGCUGUCUUUCUGCACGUCUGUCAUACAUGUUAAUAAGUAAACGCUGGAAACGACACACACAUGAAUAGAAGUGCUAAACAUGACUUUUUUCUGCGUUUCCACUUUUUCGCUGCUCCAAUGUGUUAUAUGAAUUUCCCAGCUUCAGAAGUUUAAAUAAGAAUGUUUCACUGCUACUCUGGUGCUUAUGAGUUUAAAUAAAUAUUUUAUUCCAA